AUGGAUACCAACGAGAGAAGAUUAGGUAAUGGCGAACAGACUGAUAUGAGUGAUGAUAACAGCGCAACGUUGAAAAAAACGUUACUGCUUGGUUUUACACCGUUAGUUAUCGCAAUCGUUCUAUAUAUUAGUUUAAGUGCAUGCAUUCACGUUUCGCGAUUUUAUGCAAAUUGGAAACUGAAGAAACAAUUAGAAAUUGUUCGAUGUUCGGAGCAAUGUCUAAUUGUUUCGAAUCCGUCAAUCGAUGAUUCUGACCAGCAGUCGACUCCUGAAGUGGUCUGA